GUGCUGGACGCCACAAACGGCCUGACAUCCACGGCCUACGACGCGAGUGGUGAUGUCGCUUCCUUUGAGCAUGUCGUCGAGAUACAAUCAUGGAUGAUGACGAUGACAACGGGUACUAACAUCAUAAUCGGAGAUGCCAUUGUGUGGUGGCGAGCCUGCGUCGUAUGGCGCAAGAGGGUCGUCUACUUCCUUGGACCCCUCCUCUUGGCUCUAACCCUGUGAUUGGCGUCAUCAGCGUCCAUCAAUCAAAAUUAAUCCCCUACGUACAACUCCAUCUGUUAACUAGUCUGGGCGGCUUUGCGGAUGCGUUCUUGAUCUUAUCCAUGUCCGUGAACAUGCUUGCAACCUCUUUGAUUGCCUACAAAGCGUGGGAGUACAGACGCAUGGUGAAGAAGUACUUCAGCUCGGAUGGGAGCACGACGAGUACAUGGAAAGCUCUCGCUCUGCUUGUCGAGUCCGGCACUAUCUACUGUGCGCUACUGAUGUUCCUCGUUGUGUACCAACUCAAGCGGCCAUUUGUGAUCACAAGCAGCGCGAGUGAUUUUGACAAGAUUGGGUGGUACUUUGCCGAUGGAUGCCUCUUACCCAUAGCCGCAAUUUACCCCACAAUCAUCAUUCUGCUCGUUGCCAUGAGGCGAUCGCCGAUUGAGCAUGGAGUUUCACGGGCCGACGAGGGAGAUGACGCUGGGUCUGCGCCUGGUGCCGCAAGCACCCUCAUAUUUGGUCGUCCCAAUGUUGACAGCAUAGCGACCCAGUGCACCAUUAUUUCGGCUGUCGAGAUAGGCUCCCAGAGUGGCUCAGAGGAAGGCAACGAGGGGCUGUCCUCCGCGGAGAAGAUGGGCGUGGCCAGUGAGGUAUAG